AUGACGGCAGGGUCCGGCAACGUUGGGUCUGCAGUGGCAUCUUCGAUGAACUUAAUGACAAACGCAAGCGAACCUAUGGGAAGCGAAGCUGGAGUCACGGCCUUCAAGAUGGAGAAUACUCACGACAUGAUGUACUAUCAGAAUGGUACAAGUGAAAUCAACCAUAAUUCAGACGGUUUUCUGUCGUCGAUAUUAAAUGAUGAUGACCUGCAGCUGAUGGACAUGGCCAUGAAUGAAGGGAAUCAUAACUGA